CAUCCCCGCCCGUCCAGACCCAGUCCUCCCUCCGGUCACACUAGGCGCUCAGUCAGUAGCCACCCGAGGCUGAGGCUGCUUCAAUACAAGACGUCGACGUUGCCGAACGUAGCCCAAGUGAGACAAGUCAGACUCAGUCAUCAGUGCAACGCUUUACGUGUGUGAGAGAAGAUGCCAACGGAGAGUUUGCAGAUCACCGUCUCCGACGAUGAGGCGGCAGAUGACGGACUGGUUGGAAAUACCAUGCUCUCUGUGUGGGACAUAGUCAGCGUGGUGAUAUAUUUCGUCCUUGUGAUGGGCGCCGGCUUAUAUUCCAUGUGCCGGCCCAACCGUGGUACCGUAACCGGCUACUUCCUGGCUGGAAGGCUCAUGUGGUGGCUACCGGUUGGUGCCUCCCUCUUUGCCAGUAAUAUCGGAUCUGAGCACUUCAUCGGCCUAGCCGGUUCGGGCGCGGCUGCUGGCAUAGGUGUCGGGGCCUUCGAAUUCAACGCACUCGUCUUGCUGCAACUUUUAGGAUGGGUCUUCUUGCCUGUUUUCAUCGCAAGUGGGGUGAAUACACUACCAGAAUACACACAGAAAAGGUUUGGCGGAAAACGAAUUCAGAUCUAUCUUGCGGUGCUCUCCCUCAUUUUGUACAUAUUUACCAAAAUAUCUGUGAACCUAUAUUCAGGGGCCAUCUUCCUUCAGCAAGCACUGAAAGUCAGCAACUUGUACCUUUGCAUCAUAAUUAUGUUGUUACUGACUGCCAUUUGCACCUUGAUUGGUGGUCUAACAGCUGUCAUUUAUACUGAUACACUCCAGUUCUUUGUUAUGAUUGGUGGAUCCCUGUUUGUUGUUGUUAAAGGUUUCCAAGAAGUAGGUGGUUACACAGAACUUCAGACAAAAUACUUGGUUUCAAUCCCUGAGAAGAUGAUAGAAAACUCAACCUGUGGACUCCCUCGAGUGGACUCCUGGCAGAUGCUAAGAAAUGCAGAUCCUACUGUUAGUGAUAUGCCAUGGCCUGCAUUUUUACUAGGACAAAUGCCUGCUUCCAUUUGGUACUGGUGUACUGACCAGAUGAUUGUCCAGCGGGCACUGGCAGCUAAAAGCCUUUCCCAUGCACAAGGUGGAACGCUAUUUGCUGGAUACACAAAGUUACUGCCAUUAUUCAUCAUUGUUUUACCAGGAAUGAUAUCGCGGGUGUUAUUUCCGGAUGAAAUAGGAUGUGUGGUUCCUGAAGAGUGCUACAGAUUUUGUGGCUCAUACAAAUCUUGUUCAAAUUCUGCAUACCCAAAACUUGUGCUGGAAUAUUUACCUACUGGGAUGCGAGGUGUGAUGUUGUGUGUCAUGCUUUCAGCAAUCAUGAGUAACCUGACUUCUAUUUUCAAUUCUGCUUCUACCCUAUUUACAAUGGAUAUUUGGUCUUACUUCAGACCUAGAGCAAAGGGUAAAGAACAGCUAAUGGUUGGAAGGAUUUUUAUACUUAUCCUUGUUGGUAUAUCCAUCCUAUGGAUUCCCAUCAUAGAGAGAACACAAGGGGGUCAGUUGUUUGUCUACAUUCAAGUUAUUGCUGCUUACUUGGCGCCACCAAUUGCUGCAAUAUACAGUAUGGCAAUCUUUUGGAAACGAAUGACUGAGGCGGGAGCUUUCUGGGGCCUCAUGAGUGGGUUCUGGGUUGGAUUGGUGCGUAUGGCAUUAGACUUUUAUUAUGGUGAGCCUGCAUGUUAUGAAGAUGAUAACAGGCCUACUAUAAUUGCAAAUGUCCAUUACAUGUACUUUGCAACAUUGCUGUUUUGGUUGACAGCUAUUUUAGCUGUCAUCAUAAGCAUAAUCACACAGCCACCUGAAGACUGGAGGCUCAUAAGAUCAACUUACUUCACUCGCUUUAAUCAUUCUGAGCGUCAAGAUGACCUGGAGAUGAAAGAAAGACUUCAGAAUGAGCUGCUGUCCGCUUCCCCGGCAUUAUCAGAAACUGGAGAAGUUAAAACUCCUGUCCGAUGGUAUCAUCGAGCUUACAACUUUCUUUUCGGUUUUGAUAACUCUCCAAAGGCAAAGGAGCAGGUAAAUGCCAUGAAUGCUCAUCUGGUUGAAAUCACCAACUUGCAUCAGAAGCACUGGGAGAAGAUUGUACUCAACACCAUUUUGGUUUCCAUCCUCAUUCUUGCCGGGGUUCUCUUUACAUUUUUCUCCAUCAACCCUUUUACAGAAGAGGAAGUUCACCAACUUCAGCAAGACAAAUUGAGAGAGCUUGGAUAUGCAAAUAUCCUCUUGUGAAAAUACUGUACAUCCUGUUCCAAGGACUAAGUUUCAAGUCAAAUUGAAACCUGCAUAUUUUGCAGCUUUCCUUUUUCCAUGUGCUUGCCAUUCACCUUGCUUUGCAAGACUCCUCUCAGUCAAACAUAAUGAACUAUUUGAUAUUACCUUUUGAUGUUAAAAAUAAUGAGGAAACAAUAAGAGGUUGUUGUAGGCAUAUGAUCUAAAAUGUAUUUGAUAUUUGUCUAUGGAAAUUUAAGUUCUGUUUAUGUCACAUCCAUAACACCAGUGAUUUGAAAAUUGUUGUAAAGUCAUAACAUAUACUACCACAAACUGUAAUGUUUCAUGGAGAACUCACUGGUUCAUUCAAGCAUUGCAUUAUUGGAAUUUUAUAGACUUAAAAGGCUUUAAUUAGCCAUGUUCUAAACUUAAGGUCUGAAUUAUACAUGUCCCUGGACAAAAAAUAAUUAAUUACGAUUGAAGUUAGUAGGUUUUCAAUCUUAAGUAAAAAAGUAUAACCCAUAAUGACAGCAUGUUAACAUUUCUUUAUGUAGUGUGAUUCAGUGAAAUGAUCAUACAGUGCAGUCGGUUUUCAAUCUUAAGUAAAAAAAGUAUAACCCAUAAUGACACCAUGUUAAAAUUUCUUUAUGUAAUGUGAUUCAGUGAAAUGAUCAUACAGUGCAUUAGUUAUAUUGAUAUGUACUACAAGUUCCAGUCUCUAUUCCCCCCCCUCCCCCAAGAUGGUAUGACUAUACCAGCUACAUAAGUUUUGAUAUCAAAGACACUUAAUGCAGUGGCAUAGUUAACUGGUGGUGUGACUAGGGGUACCUCAGUGAAAAACAGCCAUGUGAUCAUGGAGCUUAUUUACACAUGCAAUGCUGACUAGUGCCUUAACAGGAUACUGCGUACUAACUGUCCAGUGGGCCAAGACUUCAGCUUCAUAAUUGUCCAUGACCAGUUUUUAAGUUGAUAGUAUUGAAUUAUAAACAAACUUUUUUAGUUUAUAUCCCUAAAUGUUAAAUGUUAGGUUAUCUUCCUUGCAAAACUUUGUAACUCAAGCCAGUGGUGUCCUGAAUUAUAAGCAAACUCUUUUUAGUUUAUAUUCUUAAAUGUUAGAUGUUAGGUUAUCUUCCUUGCAAAACUUUGGAAUCUUUUUUGUCAUUGCUCACUGUAACUCAAGCCAGUGGUGUAAGGUUUAUGUUGCACAUGUAACUGAACCCAGGCAUUUCUGGUAGAAGCUGUUUUUGUACAAAACUCUAGAAUUAAAGGUAUCCUUCAUA